AGUCUGAUAAAGAAUAAAACAUCUGGAAAUUAUAAUUUCAUUGUAAGAAUUAAGUUACAUGUCUUCGUAGACUAGGUGAGACUAUAAUAUACCUUUAUUCCAUUUAUUUUAGUCAAAAAUGAAAAUUUUAUCAAAAGCACUACGAAAUGUGAUAGUUAUUCUGUCUUACUGAUUUUUCAUGGUCUAUUUUCGAACGCAGUCUAUAUGAAUGACCGUAAAUCAGUUGUAAAGGUCUAUAUAGUGUGGUAUAAUAUAGGCGAUAUACAUUGUUGUAGAUCUAAUUAAUUAUUGAGUAGAUUGACAUACAUUUUUAUAUGUGUAUUUUUCAUUUUCAUAAAUUGUCUUUAUAUUAGAUAUAUUUGAUAGAAAAUAUUUUGAUAUAGACCGAAAUAGAUCGAGAAGUCAAUUUUUUACCCGUUUUCUGAAACAGAUUCAAAGUCAAAAUGAUGUUUCAAGAAAACUGUAAUAAAAAGGAUACAUAUAUAUAUAUAUAUAUAUUGGGAACGUGGCAAGGAAACACAUAUAUUUGUAUAAAAUAUAAUUUUUCUAAUUAUUCUAUUUCCUACUUAUUUUGAAAUUUACUGAUAUUUUAUUAGUGAAGCUGCUAAUUUUAGACACAUAGAGGUGGCAACAUUGUCUGCAUAUACAGUGCAUUUCUAUGUAAUGGUCGUCCAUUUUGUGAAAUAACUCAGAAGGUGAAUGUUGAAUUUAUGAAUAACUGAAGAAAUUGAAUGAUUAAAGUGUUGUGUUUAUUUUCAACUACGAUAGCAAAUAUGUACUAGGUUAAAAAUAUUAAAAACUUUGUGAAGAUGACUCAGUUUUUACCACCAAAUCUACUAGCUUUAUUUGCACCACGCGAUCCUAUACCAUAUUUACCACCAGUCGCUAAGUUACCCCAUGAAAAGAAGAAUAGGGGCUACCUGGGCGUUAGUCAAUUUCUAGAUAGUUUUGAAGAUCCCAAAGACACUCCUCCACCAACAAAAGUUGAAACGAGAGAAGAAAGAUUAGAAAGGCGACGAAGAGAACGAGCUGAGCAAGUUGCUUAUAAAUUGGAACAAGAAAUUGCUGUAUGGGAUCCCGCUUCUGCACCUAACAGUACUUCAGAUCCCUUUAAAACACUUUUUGUUGCUAGAAUUAAUUAUGAUACUUCAGAGUCCAAACUUCGCAGAGAAUUUGAAGUAUAUGGUCCUAUUAAAAAGAUCUUGUUGAUUCACAACAGUAUCAAUGGUAAACCAAGGGGGUAUGCUUUUAUUGAAUAUGAACAUGAAAGAGACAUGCACUCUGCUUACAAACACGCCGACGGUAAGAAAAUUGAUGGUAGGAGGGUUUUAGUUGAUGUUGAAAGAGCUAGGACUGUCAAAGGAUGGCUGCCUAGAAGAUUAGGUGGCGGCUUGGGUGGUACUAGAAGAGGUGGACCCGACGUGAAUAUUAAACAUUCGGGUCGUGAAGACAACGAAAGAGAAAGGGAACGUUACAGGUUAGAACGCGAGAGGGAAGAAAGGGGUAUUAAUCGAGAACGCGAAACUAGGGAUAGGGAUAGAGUUAGGGAAAGAGAAUUUGAUCGAAGGAGAUCUCGAUCUAGAGAAAGAAGAAGGAGAAGUAGAUCUAGGUCACCAAGGAGAGAUAAGAGAAGAAGAAGCAAGGACAAAAUCAGAGAUGAGAUUACUAUCGAUGAUGACGGAUAUGAAAGUAGAAGAGAUCGAGAUAGGGAUCGUGAUAAAGACAGAAAGAGAAGAAGAUCGAAAUCUAGAGAUAAAGAUAGAGACGCUCGUAAGAGAGAACGUAGGGAAAGAAGAGAGAAGGAGAAAAUAGAAAGAGUUGAAUUUAUUAAGACCGAUGAGGGUAAUGAUAUGGUUAGAGUCAAGGAAGAACCAGUUGAUGAUUACGAAUACACCAACUAUCAAUCUGCGGAUUUCGAUUCUGCAAAGAUUAAAUACGAAGAAGAGGAUGAACAAAAAUAUGAACCACACCUUGAUACAAAUGGUAGGCGGUACGAGGACGAUUAUGAAGAAGGAGAAUACAAUAAUUAGCCACCAUUAUGACAUAUAAAUAUUCCACGGAGUUAGAUUUACCACAGCUUAAAAGCUUAAUUUAAGUCUAAUUGAAGUUAAAAAAACUCUCAAUUUUUUUAGGUAUAUGCUAAUAUAUUUAAUGUGAUUGGUGUUAUUUGAAAAUUUUUGAUUUUUCUUUAUUUCCUAUCAAUUUGUGGAGUGUAAUAUCAUGAAAUUCAUUAUAUUAUAUGAGGAAAUUUUUUAUGUAUUGUUUCACCCGUUUACCAACCACAGGGUGUGUCACAUGAAUUAAAUAAAGUUCUUUAAAUCCGAAA